CCAAAAGUAUUUCCACAUGGUCCUAUUCCCAAUCUCUCAAGCAAGGCACCACGAGGUAUUAGAAAACUAAUGUCCUUUUAUUUGUUCUGCUAAUUAUGUACAAAAUUAAAGAGGAACUAGGCCAGCCUUAUCGCUUCUAUAAUGCCUGCAUACGUUUUAUAUACUUGUACCAUAGUUGGAAGUACAAAGAAAGAAAACUCCACACUAUGGUUGCUUAUGGUGCCCUUCCACUCAACGUUUUUUCAGUGUCGUCUUUCAUCACAAAUAAGGAAACUCGAAUACCCAAUAUGGCUACUUCUGUUGUCAUCUCUACUUAUAAUUCAAAGAGAUAUAUUAUUGGUGAUAUAAAAAAUAAGGGAUUUAAAGAUAUUCAUUGUAUUGUGCAUGCCAUUUCAAAAGAUAGCAGCUUCGUCGAUGAUCAAAUCUCUUCUACAUCAGAUGAAAAUCAGCUUGAUGAGUUGGUGAAAAAGAUUAAGAUGAAAAUAAUGGCAAGUAAAAGAUAUGGUGAUAUAGAUGAAUUAAUUAUAAUUGAUGCUAUACAACGAAUAGGUGCUGAAUAUUAUUUUCGGGAUGAAAUCGGUGCUGCUUUAGAAAAGCAUUAUGAUUUAUAUUAUAGUACGAUCGGAGAAGGUACUGAUAAUCUUCAUGAUCUAGCUCUCUGCUUUCGCCUGUUGAGACAACAAGGAUACUAUGUAUCUUCAGAUGCUUUGGAAAAAUUCAAGGACAAAAAUGGGAAUUUCAAUCAAGAACUUGCAAAAGACAUAAAAGGGUUGAUGAGUCUAUUUGAAGCGUCUCAAUUUAGCACUAGAAGUGAAUAUGUCCUUGAUGACGCAAAUAAAUUUAGUCGCAAACUAUUGAAGGCCUCGUUGAAGAAUGUUGAACAACAUGAGGGUAUGGUAAUAGGAAACACACUUCGUUAUCCAUAUCAUAAAAGCUUGCCAAGAGUUAUGGCCAAAAAGUUUCUUCCUUAUUUCAAAUCAUCCCUAAUGUUUCUCCACGAUUCCAAUCAUAUCAACGAUUGGAUAAACGAGGUAUAUAAUCUAGCAAGGAUCGACAUCAACUUGGCUCAAAUCUCACAACAAUUGGAAAUAUCUCAAGUUUCAAGAUGGGUGAACGAGCUUAGUUUGGAUGAGGAAUUGCACUUUGCAAGAAUUGAGCCAUUUAAGUGUUGUAAGUGGUCAAUGGGAAUUCUUCCUGGGCUAGACAUGUCCGAAGAGAGAUUAGAGCUUGCAAAAGCAGUAUCAUUUAUCUACAUGAUUGAUGACAUAUUUGAUUCUUAUGGAACGUAUGAUGAGCUCUAUCUAUUCACAAACGCCGUUACCAGUUGGGAAUCCGCUGAUGUUACACAAUUACCCAAUUGCAUGAAACUUUGCUUCAAGGCUCUCAAGGAGGCCACAAAUGAAUUUAGCUCCAAAAUUCAAACAAAGCAUGGAUGGAACCCAGAACGAUGCUUACAAAAAUUGUGGGCAAAGCAGUGCAACGCACACUUUAUUGAGUUGAAAUGGAGAGUUGACAAUUACUCACCUAACUCUGAAGAGUAUCUAAACAACGGUAUAGUUACUUGUGGAACCCAUAUAGUUUUGGCACACGCAUUUUUUCUUUUGGGCAAAAAAAUCAACAAGAAGAGUAUUGAGGAGUUAAUUAGCCUUCCUUCAAUUAUAUCUUCCACGUCCAUCAUUCUUCGCCUAUGGAAUGAUGUAGGUGACCAUACGGAUAAGAGUCCAAAUGGAGAAGACAGUUCCUAUGUAGAUUGGUAUAUGAAAGAGCAUAAAAUAAGGUCAUAUGAUAUCGCGAGGCAACAUGUUAAUCAAAAGAUUUCAGAUGCAUGGAAGUGUCUAAAUAAGGAGUACAUGUCGUCUACAUCUCCGUUCUCAAAUGACUUCAAGGCAGCCUGCCUUAAUUUAGCUAGGAUGGUUACCAUUAUGUAUAGCCAGGAUGAGAGUCAUCAUCUUCAUUAAUUCAUUGUGGAACCAAAAAAUUAGUGUCGCAUGAUUAAAAAAAAAGAUGGGAAAAGUAAAUUAAGGCCGAGAAAAUAUUAAUGAAUAGGACUUCAUAGAGAUAGCAAAUGGAUUGAUCCUAGUACACGUUACGUAAACUCAAAAACAAACAAUUUGACUUAUAUAUGUCAUGGAAUAAAAAUUAUUCGACUAAGCUUGCGUCAGUGUAAAGUCCAAAAAACAAACAAUAAAAAAAAACGAAAAUUAUGAUAAUUAAUUUUCAAAACAUCAACUUUUAUAUGUGGUUGAGGCUAAUUCAUUAGUGUUACAACCUUACAGGGGUAACUCGGGCAGCGUGAUAAGUGUGCUUGGAUUUUGAAUUUCUUAAGUUUCAAAGCUUGUGAUUGAAAGUUGAAAAAACAAAAAACUGUUAAAUUAUUAUACUUAUUUCUCUGUAUUUUUUUAAGUGUUAUUAUUUUUAUAUUGUGAAAAGCUUACAUUUUUGUAUUAUAUACUAGAUUAUCGCCGUGCGAUGCAU